CUCCAAAUGCGCUCUCCGCAGUUCUACCUUAAGGGGCUCGUUGACGUCAGCCGAGUGGGCAGGCCUGUUGUGUGGGUGGGAUUUCCUGUGCUGGAGAGGUCAGCUGUUCCCAAUCCCUCUUUUUCUCUCACUCCCUCCCCCUCUUUUCUGUCUCAUUCCCUCUUUUUUUUCUCUUCCUCCCUACCCCCUUUCCCCCCUCCCCUGCCUCGUCUCCGCAUUGCCAGGGCUUCACCUCGGUCUCUCUCUUUCUCUCUCUCUUGUGUGUGUGUCUCUCUCUUUCUCUCCCCCCUCUCCCUCUCCCUCUUUUCUCUGGCCACUCGCUGGUGCCUCUUGGACGGACUCUUUGGGAUUUUAUACCUAGUGAUGUGUAACUCACAGGAUGCCCAGUAGCAUUGGAAAGAGAUUUAAACCUACGAAAUACAUCCCGGUCUCCACAGCAGCUGCCUUAUUAGUGGGAUCUACUACUUUGUUCUUCGUGUUCACGUGCCCCUGGUUAACAAGAGCCGUCUCUCCAGCCAUCCCUCUAUACAAUGGGCUCGUGUUCCUGUUUGUACUCGCAAACUUCAGCAUGGCAACCUUCAUGGACCCUGGGGUUUUCCCACGAGCAGACGAAGACGAGGAUAAAGACGAUGACUUCCGAGCUCCGCUCUACAAGAACGUGGAGAUUAAAGGGAUCCAAGUACGGAUGAAGUGGUGCGCCACCUGCCAUUUCUACCGCCCUCCGCGCUGUUCCCAUUGCAGCGUCUGUGACAAUUGUGUUGAGGAUUUUGACCAUCACUGCCCUUGGGUUAAUAACUGCAUAGGACGGAGGAACUACCGAUAUUUUUUCCUUUUCUUGCUGUCCUUAAGCGCCCACAUGGUCGGAGUGUUUACUUUUGGGCUUAUCUAUGUCUUACACCAUGCGGAGAAGCUGGGGGCGGCACCCACAGCCAUCACUAUGGCUGUCAUGUGUGUGGCGGGUUUGUUCUUUAUUCCAGUCAUUGGUCUCACAGGUUUCCAUAUUGUUUUAGUGGCCCGGGGACGCACUACUAAUGAACAGGUGACGGGUAAGUUCCGUGGGGGAGUAAAUCCUUUCACUCGAGGAUGUUGCGGUAAUGUGGAACACGUUCUCUGCAGCCCUCUGGGACCCAGGUACAUUGUUGAGCCAAAGAAGAAACAGCCCAUAAGUGUGAAACCACCGUUCCUGAGACCGGACUUAACUGAGCGACAGAUCACAGUGAAGAUAAGCGACAAUGGCAUCCAAGCCAAUCUCAACCGGAGCAAGUCUAAAGUUAGCCUGGAAGGGCUGGAAGAUAAAACCAUGGAUAUUCAGCCUCCUCUACCCCCCAAAGGAGAUUCCAGCAAGUACAGUGAGCUGGGGAGCAGCGAAGAGAGCAGCCUUUCACCCAAACUGAUGAGCCCUCCCACGCCUGCAAUGUACAAGUAUCGUCCAGCUUUCAGCAAUGAUCCCAAAGUACACUACCAUGGAGCAUCCGAACAGAUCUCCAUUCAGGAAGGACACAAGCCAGGAUCUGUGAUGGAGGAGAAUGACAGCAGCCUCGAUUACCAGUCGGAGCCCAGCCUGGAUAUCCCAAACUACCGGAAGAGUUCCCUUCACAAGACGUACCAGUCUUCCCCGCUGCAGAUCGACCCCUUUGCUGUCAACUCGAGGUCUUUGAGCCUGAAAUCUGCCAGCAGGAGAGGAACAGACAAAAUGCCCCUGCACCCCAUGAAGUCAGAAGGGGCCACCUCCACACCUUACAAAAGCAUCUUUUCCCCCAACUCUCUCUCAAACAGGAAUGGGAGCUUGUCGUACGACAGCUUGCUGAACCCCAUGUCCCCCUCAGGGAGGAGGUGCAUAGCUCAUUCCGCCGUAGGCUCUGUUGGAUACCACUCGCCGUACUUGUCUGCCAAAAUGUGCCACCUGCGGGGCAGGGAGCUUCAGCGCGUGCCCCCACAGAGCUUCAGCCCUGUGCUGGGCAGCUCGGCCCUGCGCCCACGUGACCCCUCUCCAGUGCGUUAUGACAACCUAUCGAAAACGAUCAUGGCGUCCAUUCAGGAGAGGAAAGAAAUGGAAGAGAGGGAGAAGCUCCUCCUCUCUCACCCGGACUCGGUGUUUGCAGACUCUGGUGUGUACGACACCCCUAGCUCCUACAGCCUUCAGCAAGUCAGCAUGCUGUCCGAAGACCCCCGUACCAUAGUGAUGAGGUAUGGCUCUAGGGACAACCUGAUGGGCAACAGCUUUAGCGUGAGGAAUCCUGUGCUGCAGGCAUCCGUUUCUUCGCUCUCAAGUGCGAUGACCAGAACGUCAAGGACUUCCACUCCUUCCCUCCAAGCUGACCUAGCCAAUAACAAUGUCCAGGCCCACCAGGCACUGCAGGGCAGGAUGAGCAAUGGCUCCUAUAAGUCACCCAGCCACCAAGUCCCGUCAUCCCCCGGGGGGAUUCCCAGGUCGCCCUCUUAUGGAGGCCCUAAAGCUGUCUCCUUCGUUAACACCAUGGAGAUAACAGAGGCACAGCCUAUGGGGACUCCAAGGGAAGACAUCCAGUUGAAGACACCUCACAGUAAAAUUAAUGGACAGCCAAAAGGAAUUUCCAGAGUAGAGUGUCGACUAGGUUCAACGUCUAGCUCCCAGGGGGCCCCCCUGAGUCCUGCUAGACACUCAAACGUUAAGAAAGUGUCUGGAGUGGGUGGAACAACCUACGAAAUUUCAGUAUAAAAAGAAAUUCGUAAUAUAAAGAGCCAUCCGCAAACCCGGCCGUGAAGCUAGGUGCACUGUGAAGAGUCACACAACAAUGCCAACAAGAUGAAAAGUAGGAGCAGCAGCUGAUGGUGACCUUUCUGUAUUAUGGUAUUUUGUGUUGUUUUUAUUAAAAGAAAAAGAAAACUACAUACACACAAUCUUUUUUUUUCUUGGCCAAAAACCAGCUGCAGCCUUAUUCUUGAAGGAAUCUGACUUUGUACAGCUCAUUGGAAACUAUCCUGAACAGACAAUUGGGAACUAAUUUAACAUCUACUGACGUAUGGCACCACAAUUCAGAGGGGUUUUUUUUGUUUGUUUUUUGUGUGUGGAAGAGAAUGGGAAAGCUAUUGUGCGUUUGUCUCUGUCCACCAAACCUUGUCAUGUGGACAUUGUCGUGCUGUGGUCUAAUAACAAUUUCAUGUGGGCGUAGCGUUUUCUCUUAAACUCUCCAGGGUUGACGGAAAAGAAUAUGAAGGAGCGGCGGGGCCCUACAAGGGUUUCAUAUAUUUGGGUAGGGGGUUUGGCCUAUCAGUGAUAAAACUGUUCAGUUGUUUGGAGAAUUUGGGUAUGUAGCAGACCGUUGCCCCCAAUCAGCAGGGUUGUUUCAGGGUUGGCUUCUUCCUUCCUUGCCUACAAUGGUUUCUGAUUCGUUUCUGGGGAGAAUGCAGAUUCCUUGUGCCUGUUCUCAUGCAGGAGGAUAGAUCUGCUUCUUCCAUUGGAAUGAAUGGGGAAGCUCACAUGUACAUUGAAGGUAAUGCGCACAAGUGACCAUCUAUGGAUCUCUGCAUUGGUGAGCAAACACGUGAGGAAGAACUCCCAAGUGAUGUUGAUUGUACCCCUUUUCAACUGAAGGAGGCCGGUGGAUUCCCAGUAGCCAUUUGAGUAUCCAGCAACCAUCUUGGAAGACUGGUCUACAUGGGCAAAAUAAGGAAAGGGAUGGUUUUUUAGUUACCCUAUUGCUAUUUGUGGUCGUGUAGGAGAUUCUGUGUAAACAACUGCACCUGUCUUUCCAUGUCCUAGAACUGUUAAAUAACUAAGGAACUUCCAUUCUUCCUUGGACAAUUUUAGGUAGGUUUUUUUUUUUAACGAAAAGAAAAAAGCCUGUCUUGCUCAUGAGAGAGAGAGAGAGAGAGAGAGAGAGAGAGAGAGAGAGAGAGAGAGAGAGAGAGAGAGAGAGAGAGAGAAUCAAAUAUUCAGAUGGUAACCUAUUAAUGUAAACAGCCAUCUUCCUUCCUCCUCUUUUUGUGCUACUGGAGAUGGGCUGUAAUACAGUGUAUCGUCUUGCACGGGUGCAGUGUGUAUAAUCUCAAUGCAAGAUAUUCUAUGAUCUGUUGAAAUUUGCUGUGUGUGUGUGUGUGUGUGUGUGUGUGUGUGUGUGUGUACGCACAUGAUUGCGUGCGUAAUUGAUAGUGUGUGAUUGUCAGCCGGGCACGUGCCUGUAGGAGAUAAGUUUUAUUGCUUGCCUGAUGAUCAGUGAACGCUAAAUAUUUAGAGACAAGUCAGAGACAAGUCAGGUAUAUUCCAGUUCUGGAGCUCACAUGAAUGGGAAUUUGGAGACAAAAUAAUAAUAAUCCUUAAGCAACUUGUUUACAAAGAUUCAAGACGUUCAUUCUCUGAAUUAGAAAGUGCUUCUUGUCCUGCCACCCCAGAGUUGUCAAUCACAGACACUAUUGGAUUUGCACGUUUUUAGAGAAAAGCAAGUUGUAAAAAACAUUGCAUUUAGGGACCUGAUGCUUGACGUGAUUGCCUUAAACCUUUCUUUUUUGUUAUUCAAAUGAUUUAUUUUAUGAGUAUCCCUAAGUGAAGGGGUAAGAAUUUUAAAAAGGUAUAAAUGACACCAGAGACUAUUUGCAGGAGACCUGAAUGAGAUCAUGACUCCAGUGCUGAGUAGGGAGGAGGUAAAUCCUGUUCCAUUUACCGAUUAAAAAUGGCCUCCAUUAAGUUUAUAUUUGUUCUGUGCAGUGAAACCUGGAGGUUUUCCCUUGCAGCACAACCACCAGCUACAAGGCAAGGGAGUCGCCAAAUAAUAACUGAAACAGUGAUGUCAGGUGCCAAUUGAACUGGUAGGGUAGAAGGCAGGGAGGCCAACAGUAGGUGGCGCCAGAGCAAAUGACAAGCAGAGCCAGCUUAUUCUAUUUUGUCCCUCUCCUCCUCCCUACUGUGUUUUACAAGGGCAGACUAGGGCAGAGGAAGGUGACAGUCGGUGCAACCCCUGGAUUGGCUGUGAGUAAGGAGGGAGGCAGGUAGGGAUUGGCUGAGGGCAGACUGAGGUUGGUAGGGCAGUACCCCAUUCACCCUAAUGGACCAACAGAGUGGGAAAGUUGGCCAAUUUCUCCAGCAGAAUACAGAAAGAUGCCUUAUGCCUUGUAUUUGUUCAUCUAGUACUAUCUGCCCUGACCAUAGCUGCCAAGUUAUCCCUUUUUUUAAGGGAUUUUCCCUUAUGCUGAAUAGGCUUCCUCGCGAGAAAAGGGAAAACUUGGCAGCUAUGGCCCUGACUGUCAGUGGCCCUCCAAGGGUCUCAAGUAAAGAGUCUCGCCCAUUGGCUGAUCCUGCCACCCAAAUCUUUUUCAAGCUGGAGGUGCCUGGAAUUGAACCUGGGACUGGCUCUACCACUAAGCUACGAUCUCAACUGCAGCGCCAACAAUCCUGUUCUCAUCAUUGCCCCCUCCCUUAUCAUUGCUGCAAUUAACCACGCACAUCAAAUUAACUAAGCAUGGCAAUAAAUACAAACACACACAACUUCAGCGGACCAUGCAGCCAAGUCACAUGCAGCUGACUCUCAAAACAGCUCUGCUUUCAAAAACUUGAGUGUUUUUGUUUCAGCAUAUUUAGGUCGUCUCAGUCCAGAGCCCUUCAGCCGACACUUGUUGUUUAGUCGUUUAGUCAUGUCUGACUCUUUGUCAUGGACCAGAGCAUGCCAGGCACUCCUGUCUUCCACUGCCUCCCGCAGUUUGUUCAGUGUCCAACCAUCUCGUCCUCUGUCAUCCCCUUCUCCUAGUGCCCUCCAUCUUUCCCAACAUCAGGGUCUUUUCCAGGGAGUCUUCUCUUCUCAUGAGGUGGCCAAAGUAUUGGAACCUUAGCUUCAGGCUCUGUCCUUCCAGUGAGCCUCAGGGCUGAUUUCCUUCAGAAUGGAUAGGUUUGAUCUUCUUGCAGUCCAUGGGACUCUCAGGAAUCUCCUCCAGCACCAUAAUUCAAAAGCAUCAAUUCUUCGGCAAUCAGCCUUCUUUAUGGUCCAGCUCUCACUUCCAUACGUCACUACUGGGGAAACCAUAGCUUUAACUAUCCGGACCUUUGUCGGCAAGGUGAUGUCUCUGCUUUUGAAGAUGUUGUCUAGGUUUGUCAUUGCUUUUCUCCUAAGAAGCAGGUGCCUUUUAAUUUUGUGACUGCUGUCACCAUCUGCAGUGAUCAAGGAGCCCAAGAAAGUAAAAUCUCUCACUGCCUCCAUUUCUUCCCCUUCUGUUUGCCAGGAGGUGAUGGGACCAGUGGCUCUUUAAUUCCUCCUCACUUUCUGCCAUCAAGGUUGUGUCAUCAGCAUGGCGCCCUGCAAAUUUGCACAGCUGGUGACAGCCACAGCUGGCUUCCUCUCUGCAGGAUGGUUUUGAUAGAAAAGGCAAGGAUCCUUCUCUGGGGCUUGCUUCCUGUUCUUCCGGUCAACCACUGAUAACGAAUAGGAUCCACACACGAGGGGAGUGGUGAAGUUAAUCCUUUCGUCCUCUGCUGCCACCAGAGGAAAAAUCUGGAGGUGACUUAGUAGUCAUAAUAAUAAUAAUAAUAAUAAUAAUAAUAAUAAUAAUAAUUUAUUUAUACCCCGCCCAUCUGGCUGGGUUUCCCCAGCCACUCUGGGCGGCUCCCAACCGAAUAUUAAAAACACAAUACAGCAUUAAACAUUAAAAACUUCCCUAAACGGGGCUGCCUUCAAAUGUCUUUUAAAGGUUGCUUAUUGCCUUGACAUCUGCUGGGAGGGCGUUCCACAGGGCAGGUGCCACUACCGAGAAGGCCCUCUGCCUGGUUGCAUUGGAAGGAAAGUUACCAUUGAUGCCAACAUUGGGAUUUCCUCCCAAAGUCAAUGCAUGCUUCAGAAGUGAGGAGGGCCAUACCUCAGGGCUGGAACAUAUGCUCUGUGCACAAAAGAUCUCAGGUUCAAGCCCUAGCAUCUUUUGGUUAGGACUGCGACAGAGCCCUGUUUAUAAUCCUGUAGCGACCAGUCAGUAUAGACUAUACUGAGCUAGAUGAGCCAAUGUUCUGACUCAGUUUAAGGCUUUCCUAAGAAGGUUUCCCCCCCAGGAUAGCCACAUCGCAAGAGGAAGUUGAAUCCCCCCCCUCCGCUCUUCUCUUAAUCCCAUUAUAAAUGCGUCAUAUUCCGCCCCCCCCCCCAGCCUCCCAACUGAUGGAUUUUGCAUUUGACUAAAGCUGCAGAUCAGAUACAAAGAUGUAUUGAACACCACCAUGUCUAGUUUGAACCUUCAGUACCUUUUAAGUUUUAUUCUCUCAUCCUUGUUUCAUUAUUCUCCCAACUGUUUUGGUUUCCUAGAUGAGGGGACGGGGGGGGGGGAGAGAACUGCUAAAAGAUUCUAAAGAGGAAACAAAAAAGGCUGCAAAGGUUCUAGGUCUAAACUGCAGACAACCCCCCCCCCCCAAAAAACACCUGUUUCAUGGGAAUGGUACAGGAUUUUGCACCUGGAUAAGCACAUCGCUCUAUGAGCAUUCUGGAUCAGGAAAUGUUUCAUGGCACCUGUGGGUUUGUUUGUUUAUUUGUUUUGUCAUUAGUCUUCGUCUUCUGAAGCCAACUAGCCCCGUGGUUCCGUCUGCCUGGGGCUCUGCUAAAGGGGCUGCGCAGUGGAGGCCAUUUAUCAAACUACAAUUUUGAGACCCAGAAGCAUUCUAGCACAUCAUUCUUAUGUUCACAGAAAGGUGCAAGGGUAUUUAUUACCGGAAUGAUGAACUACCGAGCGAAAGUUCAACAGAACAUGUGGCCAGUUUUGUGCCAUCUCCAAUUUGGAAACAGCACAAUGUCUACAAGACGGAUACAGUCUACUCAGUGCGCACCAAAAUGUGUGGCAUCCUCUGAUCCUGCUUUCCGAGAGAAUAAGGGUGGAGGAAUCAUAGAAAACGGGGGAGGUGCAGAUGGAGGAAUGUACAGCUGCAUCAUAUGUUCCAUCAUGUAUGUGGUACGGUCAUACCUCUUCUUGCAAACGCUUCAUGUUGCAUUUUUUCGGGUUAAGAAUGCGGCAAACCUGGAAGUGUUUACUUCCGGGUUUUGCCACACGCUCAGAAGCAUUUUGCGCAGUUUGCACAUGCGCACAAGCAUUCUGCGCAAUUUGUGCAUGCGCACAAGCGCUCUCACGCUUCACACAUGUUCAGAAGCGGCGCUCUGGUUACCGACUUUUCGGGGUGCGAACGGCACCCCGGAAUGGAUCAUGUCCGCAACCAGAGGUAUGUAUGUGUGAGUGGCUGUGCAUGCACAGAUCCGCCGCCCGAGUGCAUGUAUGGUUCUGGAGAUUGUGUGAGCCUGCCCUUGCUUCCCUGUAACUGCGCACAGGAUCACAGUCUGGGGCUGGAUGGCUCAUGCCUGCAGACUUCACAUGGGUAUACUACCGUAUAAGUGCCAACAAAAUAUAUUGUAGAAAUUGGAGUUCUUGGUGAAGUCCAGAAAUAAACAGUAAAUUGCAAGAAAUCUGGCCAGGAGGAAGAUGAAUUUCAAGUAAGUCUUCCAAAGGUUUUAUUUAUGUAAUGAUAGGACGAAUUCAAAUAGGAAUCAAUUCAAGUAGGAUAGCGAGGCAAAUAAAAAUUAAUUCCAGUGAAAAAAUCCCAGGACAAGUGCAAACUAUAGUACACUCUGACCAUUAAAACAUUGCUGAUGAAGAAUUGGCGAAACAGGGCCUUGUCCUGGGGUUUUUUCACUGGAAUUAAUUUUUAUUUGCCUCACUAUCAUACUGGAUUUGAUUCCUGUUUGAAUUCAUCCUAUCAUUACAUAAAUAAAACAACAACAACAAUAACAACAACAACAACAACAACAAACUUUAUUUGCAUAGCCAACAGCCAUAGCAACAAAAUACAUGCAAUAUAGAAUUAAAAACAACAAGGAUAAAAAAAUCAUAUGACUAUGGUUGUCGGUUCCGGUCAUGGAGGAGACAAGCUGAUCCUGGCUACUCCCCAAUUGAAGGCAAGAUUUAUGCUCUUAAUAUAUUCCUGGGCACCAUCUUACUUGUCUCUCAACCUUCUUCUCCUCAUUGCUUCUUCAGUGCUCUUUUAUCAGUAUCCCUUUGAAAGCUCUGAUUAACGGCCUUACUGUUAUCGUAUCGGCCUAAGCUGGCGGCCGGUGGCUGUAAAGGAAGCCGAGCACUCCUCCAGCCUCUCAUGAAUGGAAGGCACUGCUAAACAUAAAUAAAACUUUUUGAAUACUUACUUGAAAUUCAUCUUCCUCCUGACCCGAGUCCUUGCAACAAAAUAUAUUGAGCUAAUUUGGUACCAGAGCAUGAACUUGGUCCCAGUGUUUCAGCUGAUCAGGCUCAUAGACCAGCGCAUGGAAAUUAGACAAUGAGUUAGCAAUGUCCAUUAAUUUCAGUGGGUCUGCUCUGAGCAGGGUUUAUCAUUGGAUACAAAGCCGGUGAGGUGGUUAAAAUUGUUACAGUUUUAAAAUGGGACGGUGAAAAACAAGAGUGGUGUGCGGAGGCCUGCCUCAGCAUAUUGGAGCACCAGUAUUGAUAGCGCUUAGUGUUCGAAGACAGAGUGCAUGUAAUUACUAGAUUACAGUGUCACAGCAGGCAAGUGGGUGGGCUCUUCCCUUUUGCUGGCACUGGCAACCACCUGACCCUUUGCAUAAUAUUAAACUACCCAGUGGAAAGCAAACUCCAUGAUUUUAGCGGAAAGACAAACGUAAUGUUUAAGAAGCAAUGCGACCAGCCUGUGAAUCCUCUUACAGCAUUCAGUCCAACCGUAACGACUCCUUGUCUCGAGGGCAAAACUCUGAAACAGAAUAAUUCUGAAAGUCUGCAGCCAAAAGGUGGCUGGCUUGUUCAUGAUGUUGAUUGGCUGGCUUUCCAUGACAUCAUCAGCAAGAAAUGUCUGCCUUCCCAAUUCUUUGGGGUAGUUUUGGACUUACAGCAACAACAGUGAAAAGUCUUGUGGCACCUUAUGUUGUGACGAAUACAUUGUGUUAGAGGCAUGCAUGGCCCCAGGGCCCAUUGCAAAAGAAGAUUAAGUGGUGCUUGGAGAGAUUAUUAGAGCAUAUAAUUCCAAUUUUACUUCAUCUGCUUUGGUAAUCUCUUUGUUUCCAGGCUCAAUUUAACGUGAUGAUAAUUGGCCUUUGAAAAACCCUAAAUGGUUUAGGACUGGAUUAGCUCAGAAGCAACCUGCUUCUAUGUGAAUCUGCUCAGGCUUUGAAAUCAGCCUUACAGGCCCUGAAUCUCUAUACCAGGCAUCCCCAAACUGCGGCCCUCCAGAUGUUUUGGCCUACAA